AUAAAGAGAUUAAUAAAGGGAUAAUAAAAGGGGAUAAAUGAGUAUUAAGAUGCAUAAUAUUUGUGAGAGAGUUGAGAAGGAAGAGGAGGGAAAAGAAGGGAGUGUUAGAGUUUCAGAAAGUUUACAAAUGAAUGGAUUAGUAUCAAGGAAUAAAAAGAAGAAAAAGAAACGUAGUAAGCAUAAGAAGAUGGAGGGAGAGGGUCCAUCGGGGAUUAAAUGUGAAUCGUAUUCAGUAGGAGGGGGAUUUUUGAAGUCGGAAUGUAAGCAAAACCAUGAAGGACGGUUUUUAGAAGAAUCGGAAUAUGAUCCGACCUUACCGAGUUUAACGUUUCCAAUCCAUCGGGAACAGAUGUUAGGAUCAUCAUUUUCGCUAUCGGAUAGUCAUAUAGGGACGUUAGAAAGAAAAACGAUGAAUCGAAAGAAAAAAAAGAAGGGGGUAGCGAAUGAGACGUAUCAUACGUCUAAUGGAUCGGAUACGAUGGUUCAGUCUACGGGACAAUGUCGUGUUAUGCCUAGGAAAUCUAAGGAUCAAAUAUGGAAUAUUAGUACGCAUGAGGAACGGGAAAGAAUUAAAGAAUUUUGGUUGCAACUUGGAGAAGAAGAGCGUCGUGGAUUGGUAAAGAUUGAAAAAGAAGCUGUUUUGAGAAAAAUGAAAGAGCAACAAAAGCAUUCGUGUUCAUGUUCAGUGUGUGAUAGAAAACGAAUAGCGAUUGAGGAAGAGCUUGAAAUGUUAUAUGAUGCAUAUUAUGAAGAAUUGGAACAAUAUGCUAAUCAACAGCAAAAAUUUAAUUCAAUAUCAUUGUUGCAUAAAAACUCAGUGACAGGACGUUCGGAAGAUUUAGAUGAUAGUGAAGGAGGUAUUGAUAGUGAUGGUGAUUAUGAAAGUAUAUUAUCGGAAAAUGUAGAUUCAAGAUUUGAUUUUUUCAAUUUUGGAAAUAGUUUAACGGUUAAAGGGGGAAUUUUUACAGUAGCAGAUGAUUUACUUAAAAAUGAUGGGAAAAAAUUUAUCGAAAUGAUGGAACAGCUUGCUGAAAGACGAAUUCAGAGAGAAGAGGAGGCCGUUAUGGAAAUAGAAACGACCGAAUUUGAUUCUGAUGAUGAAGAGUAUGAUGAUGAGAGCAAUGAUGAUGAAAUGAAUACGCUUGAUGAAGAGCAAAGAAUAGAAGAGGGGCGAAGAAUGUUUCAAAUAUUCGCUGCUAGAAUGUUUGAACAAAGAGUUCUUACUGCAUAUCGACAAAAAGUCGCUGAAGAGAGACAGCAAAGGUUAUUAGAAGAAUUGGAAGAGGAAAAUCGUCUUAAAGAAGAGCGUGAAUUAAAAAAGGCUAAAGAGAAAGAACGAAAGAAAGAUAAGAAAAAGCUUCAGAAGCAAUUAAAGGAUCAGGAGAAGGCUAGAAAAGAGGCAGAGCGUCUUGCGGAAGAAAAUGCAUUACGUAUUGAAGAAGAAAAAAGACUAGAAGAGGCUAAAAGGAAAAAAGAAGAAUUGCGGUUAAAACGAGAAGCAGAAAAAAAGGCUUUAGAAGAAGAAAAACGUCGUCAAUCUCAGAAUAAAGAGAAAGAAAUUGAGAAAGAAAGAAAACGAAAAGAAGCGGAAAAAGAGCGACAAAAGAAAGAAAUCAAGAAAGAGAAAGAUCUUAAAGAAACCAAGGAAGUUAAAGAUAUUAAAGAAACCAAGGAAGUUAAGGAUAUUAAAGAAUCUAAAGAGAUUAAAGAACCUAAAGAACCUAAAGAAGUUAAAGAAAUUAAAGAGGUUAAAGAGGUUAAGGAAACUAAAGACAAUGAAAAUAAAAUACAAAAUGAUAACAAAAAGGAUAGUCAAAAACAAAAGAUAAUGGAGGCUAUGAUUUCUGUUAAUUUCUUAAAUCGAUCUCCACAGAUUGAGAAUCAAGAAACUUUUCAUGGUACAACAGAGUCAAUCAAGGAAAUAAGAUCUUCCGUUUCUAGUCCAUUAAACUCAUCAUUUCUUUCUUUAAAAACUGAGCAAGAAUCGGAUAAUUCGUUAUCAUCUUCUUCUAUUAUAUUUUCUCAAUCUCAUUCUUCAUUUAAUAUUCAAAAUACUUCUCAAAAGUCGCCGCAUAUGUCUUCUAAUUUAAAUUCUACUUUGCAACAUCCGCCUGGUCUUGACACUACCUUUAAUCAAAAUUUAUCAUCUACGCAUUCUACGUAUCAACCUUUAACACCUCAUCCUAUCAUUAAUAAUGUUUCUGGGGGAAUUUUUUCUUUGCCAUCUACAUCAUCGAAUCAACAGUAUGAUUAUUCUUCAUCUCCAUUAAGAUUACCUAAGGUAUCUUCUAAUAUGUACAAAAACGAAUCGUCACCUCUUUCUGGAAAUUUAAAUAAUUAUCAUUCACUACCUAUUUCUUCUACAUCAUUUUCUCAUCCAUUUCAUCAUCAUCAUCAUCAUCAUCACCAUCAUAUGGAAGAUAAAAAUCCUAAUGGUAUACUGGGGCUUCAUGAGAAUAGAACCAAAGUUUUAGAGGAUAAUACUUCACGUGUCGUACCUAGUUCUGUUGCAAAGCCAAUCAAAAGACCUUCUCCUAUUCAAAGGCCUAGUGGUACUACAGCUUAUAAGGAUGAACAGCGAAAAACUUCAACUGUCAGUGAAUUAAGUGAGGUUAUGGGAAGCAAGGCGCUCUUAGAUGAUGAUGAUAACGAUUCAAUUAUAUUAAAUCAUGCAAAUGAUACUUCAAGUGGGUUCUCUAAUCGUUCUAAGACUAUAUAUCGUAGGGAUUCUCCAUUUAUGGAAACAAUAAAUUUGAAUCGGCAUACUUCAAAUUCCCAUGAAUCACGUCAUCGUAAUAUCUCUGAUCAAGUAUGGUUGCCUGGUUUGUCAAAUUCUCGGUUUCCAAAUAUUUGGCCUCCAAAUACUAAUAGGAAUAAUCAGUAUCAUGUUACUCAGAACGUAUUGCGGCAACGAUGUAAACUUAUUUGUUUACGUCUUGAUGAGCAAUAUGGUUCUAAAACUAGGCUCUUUUUAAUCGAUCAAGUAUUAAGUUUAUAUAAUGAUUUAUUUUCUGAUACACCUGUGCAAUCAAAGCAAUUAUUGGAUGCAUGUGCGAUAUCUGGAAAUUCUCAAAAUGGAGGAGGUUAUUUCACUUGUAAAAUAGAAAAACAACAUAUUAUGAUAAGGUAUGAUGAUCUGGAUCAAACACACUGUAAACCUGGAUUGUUUGGUUUUCCUGCAAUGGUACAUUCUUCCCCUAAUUUUCCUUCAACAGGUCCUCAAUCUCGAUGGUCAAUCAAUUCAUCUGUUACGGGUGCAUUUUAAAUGGGCAUUUGCUAAAAAAUAAUUUAGCAAUUUAUUGCUUUAUGG